AUGGGCGUGACCUGCGGGGUGACGAUGACAGGAGCGCGGCAGGAAUGCCGGCAAUGGGGCGCCGUGUACGACGGGGCUCCGCGGCGGUUCAGCUGCAGGAGGCGGACGGGCCGGGUGCGGCUGCGGGUUCGCAGCUGCUGUGGGUGGACAAGUACGCGCCGCGGCACUUCAUGUCGCUGCUCAGCGACGAGCGCACCAACCGGCAGGUGGCUCUGUGGGUCAAGGACUGGGACGAGUGCGUGUUUGGGCGCUCAGCUGCGGGGGCCGGCGGCAGGGGUGGAGGCGGUGCCAGCAAGGCGGACAGCCGGCCUGCGCAGAAAGUGCUCCUCAUCGGCGGACCCCCAGGUCUCGGAAAGACCACCCUAGCCCAUGUGGUCGCACGGCACUGCGGUUAUCAUCCGUACGAAAUCAACGCAUCGGACGAUCGUACGGCAAACACCCUGGCCACCAAGAUCCAAGAUGCCGUACAAAUGACAGCCGUACUGGGCGGCGGUCGACCCAAUUGCGUCAUUGUGGACGAGAUUGAUGGCGCUACGGGUGGCUCCGAAACCGGGGGCGCGGUUGCCGCCUUGCUGAAACUCAUUCGCGCUGGCGAGGGAGGGGGAG